CGCUCAUCGAUCUGCCUCUCCCAUGGGGAAGUGGCACUGCAUUCGCUGCCGAAACGCAAUUACCACGUGCGUUGCAUCCACCUGGGGACGUGUCCGUUGAUCGAGGCGCGCCAAUUGACUCCAGCCAGAGAUGGAGUCCAUGAUCGGGGGUCGGACGUCGCCCAUGAGUCCGCGUCGGGUCCAUGGGCUGAGGGCCAACGUCUGCACGCAAUGUCGGCGGCUCAAGAGAAAGUGCGAUCGACAGACGCCCUGCUCAACAUGCGUCCAUCGUCAGAUUCCGCAUCAGUGUCAUCUACCCUCAUCAUCUGCUACCAGAGCCUCUCUUGCGUCGUCAAACCAGGCGGCGACACCUCAACCUCACAGCGAGUGUACUCGCCAGCCAUCGGGUGAUGCGCAGACGCCUCGGCCUCCGACGUCCUCUAAAUCUGGCUACCACUCGUCGCGAAUCGGACACCUCCUCAACUCACGCGGCGCACCCUCUUACCAUGGCUCGUCCUACUUUGGCCACCAGUCUGCCGCUUCGCUCAUCUCCAUGGAGUCACCAGAGCUGCCCAUUGGCAUGUCUUCCAUCAAUAACCCCUCGUCGCGUCCUAACCCGAGAUUCCACCGCGACGAGAAGGGACCCUACUCACACAUAUGGGAGCUUGUCGGGUAUCUGCCCAGGAGGAAAGCGCUGGUGGACCACCGCAUCGAAAAGUUCUUCAAGGAACUUAAUCCGGUGUAUGAUGCAGUCCAUCGCGAGACGUUCCAGACGAGUUACGAUGCCUUCUGGGAUCGCAAAUGGGGGGAUGACGAUCUGACAGCAGUCGAUCUGCGUUGGCUGGCACUGCUGUUCAUGAUGCUGGCUUUUGCUGAGCUCCUUGACUGUCCGCCGGAAGCAUCAACAGAAGUCCAGAAAAGCUGCGAGGAGACAUCGGUACAAUUCUUCUGGGGAUCGCGUAAAGCCAUCGUGAUGGCGCCCACACUCUCCGGCGAAAGCCCUGAUCUGGUCCGAGCUGGUAUCCUGGUGUCGCGGUAUCUGAUGUACUGGGGUCGAAAGACGGAAAGCUGGCUCACAAGCUCCUUUGCCAUCCGGAUGGCGCAGGCCCAGGGGAUGCACGUUGACGGCGAGUCCUGGGGUCUUCCACCCAAAGUGCUCGAGACACGACGUCGUCUCUGGUGCACACUCUACUCGAUGGACCGAUCCAUCUCGCUGGCGACGGGCAGACCAUACACCAUUAACAGCAAGCACUGCAUGGAGAUGAAUAUACGCAACAUCUGGAUUGACGACAAGUCACCUGACGAGGCUGCGGCUGCUGUCGAACAACCCAUCGAGAGGCCCACAGCCAGCCUUUAUUACAAGUACCAGCAGAAACUGUCUGCUAUCAUGGGAGAUAUUCACGACGACUGCUUUGGCCUCGUGCCCAUGACAACCUCCUACCACACGUACGAGAAGGUCUUGUCCCUUGACAAGAUUCUGCUGGAUUGGGCUGCUUCUUUGCCGGUAUACUUCCGGCUCGACAACCCAGACACUUCACUUGACGUCGAGAGGCCUUUUCUCAGCUGGCAAAGAAUGUAUCUCCAUUCAUCGUACCACUUUGCACGGAUCACUCUCCACAGGACAUAUGUACUCCUCGAAUCCAUCACGGACCGCUUCCAAUACUCACGGACAGCAUGUAUCACAUCUGCCUGCGCCGAUCUUCGACUGAAGCUAUCCCUCAGAAACACCUCCAUGGCCGACCGUCUCCUCGCGGGCGCCGCAAUGCACAACCUCUUCAACUCCGCCCUCGUCCUGGGUAUCAUCGCCGUCAAAGACCCGCGUGGCGCACGCACAGGCGCCAUCCUUGAGGACCUGUCCGCCUACUGCGAGAAGAUGCGCGCCGACACGUGGGCGAACGAGUUUGUCAUGGCCGAGGUCAAGGUCAUUGAGCUGUGUAUCGCAACAGCGAGGAAGGCCAGUAGGGACGAGGCGGAGAGACUGCACCAACCUCCCCAUGUGAAUGAUCCAUCAGCUGCAGCUACUGCUCCGUGGCAGGAAAGUGAUAUGAGCUACUCGGCUGCCCUGGAUGUCCAGGGACCGUACGAGAGCUGGCUGGAUAGCUGGUUUGGACCUACGCGCACAUUUCCGGAGCCAAUUGACUAUCAGUUCUGGGAGGAUCUCGUUGGUACACUGGAGGCGAGGUGAUAUUCAU